AUGCCACAAUCAUCCUAUCCGUCCGACCAAUCUGUCGAGGAUCUAUUAAAAAGCUGGGAGCCAGGUACAAAACUCGAUCUGAGCUUAGGCAGCUCAUACAACACUAAAGAGCCAGAGUUUACCAAUUGGUUUGCCCAAAGUGACAAUCAACAGCGAAGUUCGUCCCCUACUCCAGAAUGGUACGAUCGCUCGCUCACCCCCGGCUCACAAGCUCCUUCUCUCUCAUCGUCUGAUAAUUCCUUUUCUGACCGAAGUCCGUCGACACCCGUCGUCUUUCCUGUCGUACCCCAAAAUGAAUCUCCGUCAUUCGACGCAUUCUUCCCUUCACAGAGUGGACCAUCUUCCAAUCGCGGUCAACCAUCGAGUCCAUUCGUGUCGGAAGAUCGAUAUACCGGCUCACCAUCACCUUUGCAGCAUAAGCCAUCAGUAGAAUCAGCAGAGCAGGAAAGUGCAUCUCAUACAGAGCCUAGAAGACCUAACAAAACGGCGCAGUUACAGGAUUGGGAUUUCCAGUGGUUGAGACCACCUCGGACAUCACAGAUCAGAUCAGACUCUGCUCAGUCGUAUGCUUCUAAAAGCGAUCAUGGUGGUUCACCUGUCCCCACUUCCCCUUUUCCAUCUUUCCAUGAAGGUAGCCCUGCACCUUCGUUUUCCGGAUUCUCCGGUGCUUGGUCUCCCAUUUCCGAAAGGUCGACCCCUGCGCCAUCUAUACUAGCUGGCGGUCGGAACAGCAGUGCAUAUACAGGUCUUCAGCGAGGGAGUGUAACGCAUGGACGAGGUUACAGAUCAUCUUCGAGUGUAGCUUCUUCAGGGGCAAGCUCAUCCGCAUCAGGACAAUCUCAAAGUAGCUUCAAGCUCAGACCUACAUUGGACCCGAAUUCGGCGUACAGUCGGUUAAUCCUCGAAAGGGAAAAUCGACCAGAUGUUACGGCCUCGGGAGUAUCUGAAGAUAGAGUACUUCCAAGUCUAUCAGCUUGGGCUAAACAGCGGGCGAAACAGAAAGGAAUCACGAAUAGAGGAUAUCACAGAGGGCUAGAUAGUGUCAAAUCAAAAUUUCAAUCAAGUACGCCUGGUUUGAAUACGAUUGAACGUACUGACCGGGAGACGGAGGCAUUCUGGAUUAGGAUGGAACAACAUUCAGCUGAACAAUUUCAAGAGCUCAAGGAGUCUCGUGCCAAUAGGUCGAUCGCGUCAAAGAUCAGCUCUGGGAUAGCCUCUCGGGUGAGAAGCGUUUUCAAGAGAUUUUCACACGAUCAUAAUUCCUGUGUGAAUAGAAAGGAUAAUAAUAAUGUUGAAAUGCCCAGUAAUGUGGAGAGUGGGGGAUCGGACAAGAAGCGAAAAUGGUUUGCGAACCGUAAACGGAAUAAAGUAAAAAGUAACUCAUCAAUCGCAACAACCCCGGAUUCAAGCACAAGCACAAGUACAAUUUUCUCACCGGUAUCACCUGGCUAUGAAGUUUCACCUAGUAUACCCUCCAUAAACUCAUCGAUACGAUCCUCGAGUUCUACUUAUACAGUCUCACGCAAUGCAUCUUCUACUCGAUCGAGAAUCUCGACCAGUAGAGCACCAACAUUGAUGCAGGAUGAUGAUUGGCUUGGUGGAGGGGGUGGGCUGGGUAUAAAUAUUGAUCAGCUCGGAAGAGAUUGA